GUCAGUACGUAGUCACUGGUCAGUCUUCAAACCCAUUUUGCCAAACAAACGGCAGUGGUAGACUUGUGGGAGCCACACCACCUCUGUCCGACCCUUCACUCAACAAUGGCGGAUUUGAUUAUGGAGGAAAGAGAAGAGCUCAUGGUCUCACCAUCAGGUGGAACACCAACUCUAAGAACCGCCCAUUUUCUCAACCCCUCAGUAACUUCCCCCGACAGCUCCUCCUCCUCCCUUCCGCAGCGAUUCACGGCGGCCGGAAACAUGGCACCGCCGCCGAAGUUUGACUUUCGGGGGUGGAGGAUUAACCCACUCAAGGAAUGGGGGGAAUGGGUCGAAUCCAUGCGCUCCCUGCACGAACCCCUGUGGAAGAAGGCCGGAAUCCGCGACGCCGUGAUGAACUCGACCUACAGAAUCCACCGGCACGACGAAAUUGUUCUCGCUCUCGCCAGAAAAUGGAACCCGGAGACCAACACGUUCCUGUUUCCGUGGGGAGAAGCCUCUCUCUCCUUGGAGGACAUGAUCGUCUUGGGAGGCUUCUCUGUUUUGGGCUGCUGUGUUCAUUCCGAUUCAAACCCUAGAGACCUAAAUAUUGAAGGGAUCAAAAAGAAAUUACUCAAAGCUCGAUCCGAGCUAAACAUGUCUAAAUCAAAGAAACCCACCCAAAUUGGUUGGAUGGUCAAGUUCAUGAACAACAACAAGGAAUGCGAAAUAGAGCACGAGGCCUUCCUUGUGCUCUGGUUGGAGCGGUUUGUUUUCCCUGUCUCCACGCAAGACACAAUUGGCACAAAGGUUUUGGACAUUGCCAUUCGACUAGCCAAAGGCCAGAGAAUAGCCCUUGCCCCGGCUGUCUUGGCUAUUAUCUACAAGAACUUGACAAUCAUGAAGAAGGCUCUUGGUGGAGUUGGUGGUGACCACACCCAGAAUUGUUGCGCGAUUUUGGCCCCGUUCCGGCUGGUGCUAGUAUGGAUGGAUGCGAAGAGUAUAGACUUUGCAGGAGAAGAAUUUCUGUGGCGGCCAUACGCGUUGGGGGCCAAAAACUCACUUCUUCUCUACAAGGAGGGAGAAGGACGAUGGACUUUUGUCACUGGUGGUGGGGAUGAAGUGGACGAACUCAUUCGCUGUGUGAGGGUGAGUGAGCUGGUGGGGAUAGAGGGUGUCAUUGAGCAGUACCUGCCUCACCCUGUGGCUAUGCAGUUUGGAAUGGAUCAGGAUCAUCCCCGGUUCGUGGCGCGAGCGGAUGGAUCGCCUGAAAUUGCUUGGAACUUCUUCUCGAGGCCCGUCUUGGACUUGAAACUCUGGGUUCCCCCGCGCUUGUUUGAGUCCGAUGUUACCACUCGGUACUUGGAUUGGUUCUCUAAAAUUGUUAAUGUUCCUGAUGAUGGUGAUAGCUAUGAUGAUGAUGAUGAUGUGCCUCUGGCUGAACUUGUAAGGAAGGAGGGAAAAAUUGAUGAGAAUACUCGUCUUCUUGAUGAUGAUGAUGACGACGACGAUGAUCAUGAGGUUGAUGAUGGUGUUUCCCUGGCUGAGCUUCUUCGGAAGAGAAGAAAAAAGGAUGUUAAUAAAAGCCAUAUCGAUGGAGAAACUGGGACGGGGCAUGUGGAAGAAGCAGAUAAGAAUGGAAGAAUUGGGGACUCUCAAAUGAUUCAAGAUGAUGAUGAUGAUGAUGAUAAGGGGGAGGAGGAGAAGGCAUUCGGGGACGGUUUCGACAGAGAGAGUAAUGGAAGAGGAGAAUGUGAUGCUACUACUACUGCUAGGACUAGAACUGAAGCCCCCGAGGCCGGAGGUUGCGAGAGUCCGUGGCGAACGAGGGCUCAAAGACUGGAAAAGAGGAUUAGGGAUCUGCAGAAAUUGGUUGGCUUGAUGGAAAACCGAGACAGAGAUCACCCAUCUUUCUCCGAAGCUGCUCAAAAAGAAGGUUUCUCAUUUCAUCCUAUGUGUAAGGAGCUGAAGAUAAUCAACAUCUCUUUUGCUGAUGAUCUUAUAGUGGUCUGUAAGGCUGAAAGAAGGUCAGUUCAGUGCAUUAUGAAGGUUCUGGAAAGGUUCAAAAAGACAACGGNGAAUCAGCAGAGGAGGGAAGAGCUACUUAAGCUUACUAGCAUGAAACCAGGGUACGAAUGGCUGCAAGGAGACAGAAUCAUUCCUAAAUGGAGAAACUGGGAGGGAGACUACGCAGAGGGGGGUAACAAGCAGAGAAGAGGGAUGAUUAAAUUCAGAAAGCGGCGCAUUACAGGGGCACAAAUGCAAGGACAAAAGGAUUUUCACCCUGGGCUCGGCCAUGAGAGCAAAGAUGCUUGACAACACCUGCAGCAGGGUUCUGGGCUACGGGACAACCAUAAACCUGUAUCAUAUCCAGAGUUUGUUUCUAUGUCAACCAAGAGUUAACUCAAGUCGUACUACUAUUGACCGAUUUCUUGAGCAAUGCUUAAUAUGUGUUUGGAGAAUUGCCUCAACGAGAUGGAGGGUCUAACAGUGAGCAGCCCGAAGUGAGCACAGGAUGAAGGAUAUUAUUAUGCAAAUCUCAAGAUGCAUUAGUUCAAUGGAAGUGUGCAAAGAAGUUGGGGAU